AUGGCUAAUCCAGGGAUUCAGGCGGGGGUUCUCCUUUCCUUUCUUUGUGCGAUGUUCCUGAUUGAGAUAACGGUCCAAACCAAUCCCCCUUGUCCAGUAAGUUACCUGGUCACCGUUCCGGCCAUUCUUAAAUCUGAAUCCAAGGAUACAUUCUGUGUGAGCCUCACGGAUCCCGGCUCCCAUGUGUUGGUGACGGUCAUUCUGAAGAGCAAGAAUAAACAAAAGGAAGUGUUUAAAAAAGGAACCAGCAACGCCUUCAACAAAUGUGUGAAAUUUAAGGUUCCUCAUGUGAACGGAGAAGAGGAGCAUCUGUUUGAAGUUACAGUAAAAGGCAACGAUUUUUAUUCUUAUGAUGCAACGCGUGUGUUGAUCAAGUCUUUUCAUCCAAAGACUUUAAUCCAAACGGAUAAACACAUCUACAACCAAGGAGAGGAAGUGAAAUUCAGAGCGCUGACUCUGGACCAUGACUUGGAUCCGCUGCACGUGACUUAUAACCAUAUUUGGAUCGAGGACCCUCACCAUAACAAGAUCGCGAAGUGGAAAGAUGAGGAAGUGGACAAGACGAUUCUACCGCUGUCUUACCAUUUGGGCGAUGGAGCCGUGGCGGGGUUAUACAGGAUUAAAGUGCAAUCAGGCAAAAAGAUAGAGUCUCAAAGCUUUAGAGUCCAGAAACAUGGUUCGACCAAAUUUAAAUUUGAAAUUCACGUACCCCAUGAAGUAAGUGUUGGGAAGGAAACCUUUCAGGUUAAAGUCUGUACAAAAUAUUACUAUGGAAGGCCGGCGGGUGGAGACGCCACGGUGAAGGUCUGCAGGCCUCUGAGGAACCAGGACACCUGCAGCUCGGCCCUUGUCCUCAAGGAUGACGUCAGCCUGACUUCUCUGUGCAAGACCAGACAAAAGCAGACGUGUGACAAAGGCUGCGCCACCUUCAUCCUGAAAAUGUCCAAUUUCCUCAAACCUGACACUAAGCAUCUGCUGGAUGUGCUGGAUGUGAAGGUCACCCUUAAGGACAAAGAGACAUGUCUUUCUCACACACAGUGGGAGAGGAUUCGAAUAAGCUACGUCAUUGGAAAGUUGUCUUUCCAGAAUGUUCCCCCGGUCUACUCUCGAGACACAGAUUUAGAGGGACAAGUCCGGGCUUUGGACGUCCACGGCAAUCCCGUCCCUAACCUGAAAGUAUAUUUGUUCGAGCUAAAACACGGGGCACCGUGUAUUGUGCAGACUCUCACAACGGAUGAACAUGGAAUUGCAUACUUCGCUCUUCCCACUGAGAAACAAAUAGGGCCAAUCCAUCUCUUUGCGAGCAGCCUAGACACGCUGGAGCCUGACCAACAUGUAGGUGCUUACUAUGAAGUUGCAAAGGUCAAAGUGGAUGUGCCUGGUCCUGGUUCUGAAACCUGCGGGUUUCUCAAGGUUCACCCAAUUGAACGGAAACUUGUGUGCUCCAGCAUGGAAGAUUUUACUGUCCAGUACAGUCUAAGUCAACAAAUUUCAGAGAACAUCAAAAUAAUUUAUCUGGUACUAUCCAGAGGUGAAAUUGUUCACGAAGGCGAAGAGGAGCUAACCUACAGCUCAGGAGUGAUUCAGGGCACUUUUACAAUCACUUUUAGAGUGAAGCCACAAUACGCGCCUAAAAUCCACAUUGUCGUGUACACCAUCCUGGAUUGUGUGAGAGUUCUCGCCCACAGCGAAAGCUUUGACACCGAGCACUGCUUUGAGAAUUCGGUGCAUCCAAAGUUUCAUCCAUCGCCAGUCACCCAUGAUCAGAACGUUGAGUUUUGCGUUAAGGCCAACCAACAUUCAGUAUGUGGAGUAAAAAUCAUAGAUGCGCUCACGAAGAGAGAUGGAAAGACUCUGAGCAAAGAACAGAUAUUUGCUAUUCUACCAGAGAUAAAAGGCUCUCCCGUUCCUCCUGAGCUUCAGGAUCAUUCAGACUGCGUGGAGGUGCUUCCAAGGAGUUAUUAUGCUGUGUCUACCAACCAGGAUGGAGCAGAUGCACAAACCGUUUUCAACGUAUGGAGGAAAAACCACAGAUUUCUUUUCAUCCGCCUUGUUUAUGAUAUUUCUUGA